AUGUUCACCUACUUUCAUAUCACCACCACCAUGCCCAGAAAAAACGAGAAGAGGGAAUACGAAAUCGUGAAGAAAACCAUCUACGCGGAAGCCCGAGGAGAACCGCUGGAAGGCCAAAUAUGGGUGGCCUGGGUCAUUCGGAACCGCGCGGAUGCCAAUAGAUCGUACUGGGGAGGAAGUCGCUUGGAUGAUGUCUGCAAAAAACCUGGACAAUUCGAAUGUUGGAACGGGAUAUCAGACAUUCAGCCCGACCCCAACGAGUAUGGUGCCUAUAAAAAAUGGCAAGAGAUCGACGAAUGGCUGCCUGGUGUCCUCAAGGCACCCAAAAGUCAAGAUCCGACUGGUGGCUGUGACCACUACAACAACCCGGAAAUAGAAGGCCCAAAGCCGGGCAAGGCAGGCCCAGCUUGGGGGCAGAAGUGGAUCGUUCUCUUCAUUGUCAAUGAGGCAUCGACGGCGUACGUUCAAACCAAAAAGGUGAACUUGCUCCCUCGCUCCCUUCUCUCCGAGACGACGGUAGCGGAAGGGCUCAGUCCGAACAAGGCGUGUGGAAACAUUCAACAGAAUUGA